ACCAGAGACAGACUUUGACAGUUAACACGUGUGUUUACGUGAUUUACGUUUUUAAUUUAUUUAAAUAUUGUUUGAUAAUAACAAAAAUUUAACAAUAAUUAUAAUAAAAUAAAAAAAAAUUUGCUAACAACAAAUUAUGGUAAUGACAAGUACAUUUUUAAGGGCAAUUUCGACUAAUUCACCAAAGUCACUCUUUAAAUUUUUAUUACGAGAAAGUCAAAAAUUGCCAAAAGAGGCACAAGAAUUUUAUAAACAUUCAAUUAAACAGAGUUUUAAACAACACGUAGAUGAACCUGAUCCCGAACGUGUUAAACAAAUAAUGGAAAAAGCUUUAUCCGACGCCAAAUGGGUUCUUCAAAAGUAUAAAUCUGCUCCUAAAACACCAUAAAAUUAAAUAGAAUUUUAAUUGUUGAUUAUAUAAACUAAUUACAUUACGCAUAUAUAAUUAAAAUGGAAUUCGAAGUAAUAAUUAGCAAACAAUGCGAUGAAGAUGCAACACAAUUUUGGCAAUCAAUUGACAUUUGGUUAAACAAACCUCACGUUAUUAAUCGUCGAAUUUUAGUUUCUUCUCGACUUAUUACAUUUGAAUAUAAAAAUACAGAAACUGAAUUAUUCAAUUGGAUUAAUGAAUCAGAAUUUAAUUCAUUAUUUGAAAUUUCUGAAAUAGAAAAUUAUAUUUUCUCUUUAAAACAUUUUCAUAAUUCUUGUAAAACUAAUUUGAAUCAAUCAAGUUUUAUUAAUUUGGAAAAUAAUAAAAAAUUCAUCAAUAUUUCAAAACUAUUACCUCGAAAUUCAGAAAUAUUUGCUCCAACAUUAGAAGUGACACUUGUUGAUAGAGAAAUAAAUAGAAUUACAUCAUUUUAUAAAUGUUUUUCAAAUGAAAAACAAACAUUGGGUUUUCAAUAUCCCUAUAGAAUAUGUUAUGAAAAUAAUCAAAUAAUUAUCAGUGUUGAGAAGAAAUAUGAAAAUAAUUUUAAUUUCGAUUGGAUUAAAAAGCAAUUAUUUCCAAGAUUAAUUAAAUGGAUGAAUGACAGUGAAAUGAAAAAUAGUUUUAUAAAUGGUUCACUUAAUUUAGUGUCAAAUAAUAGAUAUGCAACUUUAUAUAAUCAAUUGAAGGAAAAAUAUGGAGCUGAAAUUGUAAAAAUUUGGCCAGAGAAUACGGAUCCAUUGAAAUUUGUUUAUGAAGACAUAGCAAUUGCAACUUAUUUGUUAAUUAUUUGGGAAGAUGAAAGAGAUGAAUUAAAUAUUAAGGAUAAACAAACAUUUUUAGAUCUUGGUUGUGGAAAUGGUUUAUUGGUUCAUAUUCUUUCAAGUGAAGGACACAAAGGUUUGGGAAUUGAUUUAAGAGAGAGAAAAAUUUGGCAUCUCUUUCCAGAAAGUACAUGUUUAGAGGUACGUACAAUAAUUCCUUCAUCAAAAAGUUUAUUUCCCGAUGUUGAUUGGCUUAUUGGAAAUCAUUCGGAUGAAUUAACACCAUGGAUACCAGUGAUAGCAGCACGUAGCUCGUAUAAAUGUCGUUUUUUUCUUUUACCUUGUUGCGCUUAUGAAUUUGAUGGACGUAAAUACCAAAGAGAGACUGCAUCACGAAGUCAAUAUUUAGAUUACAUGUAUUAUAUUAAAAAAAUUUGCGAGGAAUGUGGUUUUGUAAUUCAAAUCGAUAAAUUACGAAUUCCAUCAACUAAACGCACAUGUUUUAUUGGAAAAAAAAGAAUUUAUUCCCAAGAUAUUGAUCGUGAGAAUGAAAUAAAAAAAAUUAUUGACGAAAGAUCAUUACAAAAAAAUGACAAUUUUUCAUCAUUUGAUGAAAAUAAACAAUGGUCCAUUGAUUUUAAACCACGUGAAAUAAAUGAAAAAGUUCGUAAUUGCACACAAAUUGAUAAAAAUCUAAUUAAUGAUAUCGUUAAUAUUGUAUCGAAUCAACUAUUAUCGAAAACAAGAAUUAUUUCAUUGACAAAUAAUAAAACAUGGAAUGCCGGUGGACAAGUGGAAUUAAAUCAAUUGGCAACAAUUAUUCCCGAAAUGAGUUUAAAAUCAUUAAAAAAUGAAUGUGGUGGAUUACAAACUUUAUUAAAAAAUAAAAGUCAUAUUUUUUGUGUUGAAAGUGGAAAAGUACGAUUUCGAAUACCAGGCACUGAAAUAAUGAGAAAACGAAAGAAGAAUAAAAAAACAUUAACAAAAAUAAGAAAGGAAAAAAAUUGUUGGUUUCAUGAAAAUCAUCCCGAUGGUUGUCCAUUGACCGAUGAGAUAAUUGAAUUUCAUUUGGAUUUGUUGUAUCAGCCUUAGCAAUAAUUUUUGAGUAUUUUUUAUCAUCUGGUACUGAUGGUAAAAUUUCCGUUUUCAAUUGAUUUAUUUCAAUAGUU